CCAGGAUUUAGUUAGAAAUGAAUGUAUACAGUGACAUAGUGAAAUUUAUCGUAUACCGGAGACAUUUUUUUUUAGCAAAUAGUCACAUCUAAAUUGGAUAAAAGUUGAGAAUCAGUUGACACAGAUCAUCUUAAGUGUGACAAGACAAGCUGCAGAGCUGCAUACCUCUAAAAUAGCAGCCUGUGCAUUACAUUUUUUUUGCUGUGUUUUUCUCCAACAGCAGCAUGUUUCUUUCUUACUGGCUGAUCUUUCUCUUCGCUUAACAAAAAAUUUAAAUGUAAGGCUGAGAGUGAAUUGGAAAUGAUCUUGUUUAAGAGUUAAGCAAUCGAAAUGUUUGCGUAGCAGGAAAUUUAUUGAAAACGACACCAAUUUAAUCACUUAACUUAUUCCUUAUGUGGUCUUUGCUGAAUGAUGACUGAGUCUGGUCUAAAAAUCUGCUAGAACUCAAACUGGAUUCUGUGUCAAUUUUUUAUUUCUGAAAAAUUGAGAUUAUUUUCCACUUAACCUUCCAAGCAGGUUUCACCUUAAUGGACAUUAACCUAUUACCUGCACUGUAUAACAAAAAGGAACGUAGGAAAACUAUUCAUGAAUCGAGGAAACAGACUUUUUAAAGUUUAGAAUUUUAAGUGAAACUGCACUCCAUAAUGUCUAUGUACUCAACCUUAGGGUUAGAGAGAGGCAAAUUUGUGCUAUAUUAAAAUGAAAAAGCAUCUAGUCAGGUCUAAAUAGGUUACCAGUUGAACAUAGGUUGACAUGGAUCAUCUUUUUUCUCUUGCAACAAAAGCUGCACAGCUGCAUACCUCGAAAACAGCAGCCCUGCAAUUUGACAUUUUUCCAGGCUUUACAGAACUGUUUACACCCUCAAAAAAACGUGACUGAUCUGAGGUAGGUUUGUUCACAGAAUAUUUCACUUUGAUGGAAUGGAGCACUUGUUACUAUCAUUACCUACAGACAUGGAAUUAUCAGGAGAAAGCACCACAGGUAGUGUACAUGUUUUAAAUCUGAUCUUUUCUUUAAUCAUAAGUGUCUUUCAAAGCCUUACAGCUCAACUAGUAAAUGACUUUUACUGUAUGUUUUUGGUGCAAUCCCAGAAUGGAGAACUGCAUCUGAUCCAAAACAAGCUGGUUGGUUGUUUUCACAAGAACUUCUACAUAAAAACAGAGAUUCAAAACGUCUGUUUUUGAGCAUGGACAUCAGACAAGACAAGGAGGAGCAGGACCGAGCUUUGCUCACAUUCUAUGGAAGAGACAACGUUCAGUGGGCCUCACCGCUUCACUGCAAACUUCAGGGUGAUGUUGCAACUGGAAGCGGGGUCAACCGUCACAUGAUGUCAACGGUGAUUUUCAAGCUUUUAAGUGGAUUUCAUAUAAACUUAGGAAGUGUUGCAAUCACUAAAAUCUUUGAAGGCGAGCCUGAUCACCAGAUCCCCUCGGUCUCAGAAGAGCUGCUCAACAGUAACAUGUUCACUGUAGCGGGACGAAUAAUUGGUCAUUCCUUCUUACAUCACGGUCCAAGUUUCCCUGGACUCAGCCCAGCUAUUAUUCACAUUCUAUUUGGAGGUUCUGAGGAGACGACUCCUGUCACGGUGCAAGAUUGUCCUGACCUCGACAUCCGGGAUGCUGUGAAAAUGCUUGAUGGAGAGGGCGAUUUAAGAGAAUUUGACUCCAUCCAUCAGCUCUGCCUGUCGUGGAAUCUGCCGGCACCAAAUGCCAUCAACAGGAAAUGGCUGUCUGCAAAGCUCCUCUUGCAUGCCGUUAUCAAGCAAACAAGGCGUCAAGUCAAUCAGCUCCGAAAAGGCCUACAAGAGACGGGACUGUGGCCACUUCUCAUUCACAGGAGAGAUGUAAUCCCAAUCCUGUUUCCAAGGGAAUCAGAAACACAAGUCACAGCUCAGAUGAUCUUGGACUGCAUCAUAUGGCCUUUAUCUAUAACUGUCAUCUUUGAGAACUACACAGUUAAACAGGAUGAUGAAUCUGAAAUCAGUGAUGUAUAUCGAGUGUCUGGCUACCUGAAAACUUUUAUUGAAAAUGCGUCUCCUGCUGAGCUGAAGCGCCUCAUAAAGUUUUGGAUCGGAUGGGAGGUGCCGGCCACGGAGAUGAAGGUUGAAGUAAUAGAGGCCAAACUUCCCACAGCUCUCACUUGUUUUGAGAAGCUGAGGCUGCCGAGGCAUUAUGCAGCAUACAAAAUGUUUCACCAGGACUUGUGCGCCUGCAUAUCACAUAAUCACAGUGGUUUUGGCUGUCAGUGAAUUACUGGAAUUAUUGGGAUAAUUUUCACUUUAAAUGCCUAUGGAUUGAAUGUGAGAAAGUUGGAUGUGUGAUUAUUCAAACUUGUAUAAUGAACUCAUUUUUGAUUAUUUGCUUUUUUUGUUUAUAUAACCUUUUUUUGUGCUAUUUUUGGUUUUUAAGAGUUUAAAAUUCAUUAAUGCAGCCCAAAAUUUGAAAAAUGCAGCAUACCUUUGUCAAUA